GUUACAGGACGACAUCUCACAUCCAUCCAUGGUUGUCUUGAGGAUAAGAAAUGUGCACAAAAGGAAAUGUGCACUCAUCUGUCUUUGCAUUGUUGGCUUCAUCAUGUACAGAUACCUCAGCAUGUCAGCUGGAGGACGGAGAAUGAGCAGGAAGGUGGGUCUGUGUGCCAACUCAUCCCAGUUCACCCUGGAAAGAGAAUCCUUCCGCAUAAUCGGGGGAUCCAUCCACUAUUUCCGUGUGCCCAGGGCCUAUUGGAGAGACCGUCUGAUGAAAAUGAAGGCUAGCGGCAUCAACACCCUCACUACGAAUGUGCCGUGGAGUCUGCAUCAGCCAGAGAGAGAGGUUUUCAACUUCCACACACAGCUGGAUUUAGUAGCCUAUAUUAAUCUUGCUGCUGAAUUGGGAUUGUGGGUGAUUUUCCGCCCAGGGCCCUACAUCUCCUCUGAGCUGGACCUAGGAGGACUGCCAAGCCCACUGUCACUAAAGCUGCAAACAAGUCUUUUGUCCCUCCAGUUUGUUUUUAACUUGUCAUCCUUAAAAAAUGUUGUUGUUAAUGUUAAUCAGUUCAAGAAAGGAGGUCCCAUCAUUGCAGUGCAAGUGGAAAACGAGUAUGGAUCCUUUGCAAAGGAUGAAAGUUACAUGCUUUUCAUUAAAGAGGCUUUACAGUCUAGAGGGAUCAGUGAGCUCUUGCUCACAGCAGACAACUACAACACAAUGAAGUCGGGGAGUGUGGCUGGAGCCAUCAGAUCAGUGAAGCUGCAGAAGCUAAAUCAGAAAGACAUCCAGGAUCUGAAUGCUAUCCAGCCCAACAGCCCCACUCUAGUGAUGGACUACUGGACCGGCUGGUACGAUGUGUGGGGUGACCUCCACCAUGUGCUUCCCCCAGAAGAUAUGGUGUCCACUGUGAGAGAAAUUCUGAGGCAAGGCAUGUCUGUUAAUCUUUACAUGUUCCACGGAGGCUCCAGUUUUGGCUUCAUGAGUGGAGCACUUGCUGAUCCUUCUUACAGUGCGUUGGUCCCCAGUUAUGAUUAUGAUGCGCCUGUGUCUGAAGCUGGGGAGUACACCCCAAAGUACCAUCUCCUUAGGGAUUUAUUUUUUCAGUUCAACAGAGGAGACAGUUUCCCUGACAUGCCAGCCCUGCAUUUCAGGGAGGCUUAUGAACCAGCUAUCAUGUUCCAGCACCUGUCAUUAUGGGAUGCUUUGAGCUUUACUGAGGGGCCAUUUAAGUCACCUAAGCCAAUAAGCAUGGAGAAUCUACCUGUGAACAAUAAGAAUGGCCAGUCCUAUGGAUACACACUGUACGAAACUACCAUCACCAGUGGAGGAUUAUUGAAAUCUGGAGACAAUGUCCGAGACCGUGCCCUAGUGUUUUUAGACAGAAGCUACAUUGGCCUUUUCAAGCGCCAAAGCCUGGAGCUGGUGGUUUCUGAUGUUAAGGGACGACGAACCUUAAGCUUAUUGGUGGAAAAUUGUGGACGAGUUCAUCAGGGAAGGGACCUUGACAAACAACAUAAAGGCCUCGUGGGGGAAAUUUUAUUAAACAAUAUCCCCUUGCAGGAUUUUACAAUUUACAGCCUGGAUAUGAAACCCAGCUUUAUUGAUAGUCUUUAUCAGGCACCUUGGAAAACUCUCCCUGACGCUCCCAGCUUUCCUGGAUUUUUCAUGGGGAGGCUGUUUGCAUAUGGGUAUCCCAGUGACACAUUUGUGAAGCUGCCUGGCUGGGAGAAAGGUGUUGUAUUUAUCAAUGGGCUGAACCUGGGCCGCUACUGGUCAAUUGGCCCCCAGCAGACUCUCUACCUCCCUGGUCCCUUUCUCAACAGUGGAAUUAACCAGGUCAUUAUAUUUGAGGAGCAGGAGGGUGACUUCAAGGUCCACUUUGAGGAUACACCUGAUCUUGGCAUGGCAGCAGAGAUCCAGUGACUGUCAUCACCUCCUCUGACAAAGAUUCACAAAGUGCCUGUCUA